UUAUUUUUUUCCCUUCUCUUUUAUUUUUUUUAUUUUUUUGGGUGAAUCUCCACCGUGAAAUAACCGACAGUUUAAGCGCGUGGUCCUGGAGCGUGCAGGAGAGCUCCCUCCUAACGCCCUCCCCAUGGAAAGUUAAAGGAUUGGGACUUGACCAAAUUUCAACUUUCAUGCUCCAAGACUGACCCUGCUGAGAGCCCCUGAGAUACUGAACUCUAUGAGCGGAGACCACUUGACUGCACUCAGCACCUUUCAGGACCAGGCUCUAGGAAAUGGUCAGAGGAGCGAAAGGAGCAUCACCAUUUUGAAACAAAACCAAGGGUACUGGGCACUAAAUGAGAAUAUGGCCAAUGGCAUUGAAGAUCUUAUCGGGAUCCCAUUCCCGAACCACAGCAGCGAGGUGCUGUGCGGCCUGAACGAGCAGCGGCACGACGGGCUCCUGUGCGAUGUCAUUCUCAUCGUGCAGGACCAGGAGUACCGCACCCACCGCUCCGUCCUGGCCGCCUGCAGCAAGUACUUCAAAAAACUCUUCACUACCGGCACUUUAACGGACCAGCCCUAUGUUUACGAGAUUGACUUUGUCAAGCCUGAAGCACUUUCUGCCAUCCUCGAGUUCGCCUACACCUCAACCCUCACCAUCACCACCUCAAACGUCAAGCACAUCCUCAGCGCCGCCAAGAUGCUGGAGAUCCAGAGCAUCAUCAAUGUCUGCCUUGAGAUCAUGGAGCCCGACAGGGAGGCCGAGGAGGAAGAUGACAAAGAGGACGACGACGAUGAUGAAGAUGAAGAUGAAGACGAGGAGGAAGAGGAGGAGGAGGAAGUGGAAGAUUUUGUCAAUCAAGAGAACCGAACUGAUGUGCAAGAAGUAAGCUGCCACCAAAGCCCUUCUGAGUCUGAUCUCACUGAAGAAGCUUAUACAGAAGCACCUAAAGAUUUUCCAAAUCACUUCCCAGCCAGUAACUCCUCCGGACACUUGGGCAUGAUACGAGACUUCUCCAUAGAGUCCUUGCUGAGUGAAAACUUGUACCCUAAGGCAAACAUCCCAGAACGGAGGCCAGCUCUGUCUCCUUUCGCCCCCAGCUUCUUCCCCCACCUGUGGAACGGCGACUUCAACUCCUUCCCCCAGCUCGAGGAGCCCCAAGUAGACAAUGGCCCCUUGGAUCUGGUGAUCAAAAAGAGAAAGAUCAAGGAAGAGGAGGAGAAGGAAGACCUGCCUCCACCUCCUUUCCCUAAUGACUUCUUCAAGGACAUGUUUGCCAACACACCAGCAGCUCCCUUAGGGCAUAUCAAGGCAGAGACUGACUAUAGCGCUUAUCUCAAUUUCUUAAGUGCUACCCAGUUUGGAGGAGUUUUUCCCCCAUGGUCCCUGGAGGAAGAGAGGAAAAUAAAGCCCAAGGCGUCCCAGCAGUGUCCCAUCUGUAACAAAGUCAUCAUGGGGGCUGGCAAGCUGCCCAGGCACAUGAGGACCCACACGGGGGAGAAACCCUAUAUGUGCAAUAUCUGUGAAGUUCGCUUUACCAGGCAGGACAAGCUAAAAAUCCACAUGCGGAAGCACACGGGCGAGCGGCCGUACCUGUGCAUCCACUGCAACGCCAAGUUCGUGCACAACUACGACCUGAAGAACCACAUGCGCAUCCACACGGGCAUCCGGCCCUACCAGUGCGAGUUCUGCUACAAGAGCUUCACCCGCUCCGACCACCUGCACCGCCACAUCAAGCGGCAGAGCUGCCGCAUCGCGCGGCCCCGGCGCGGCCGCAAGCCGGCGGCGUGGCGGGCGGCCGGCCUGCUCUUCGCGCCCGGGGGCCCGCCCAUGGAGAGCGGCUUCGUGAUGCCGCCCGCGCUGGAGGAGAUGAGCGGCCACCUCGGCAGCACGGCCAUGUGCCUUCCCGGGCCCAGCCCCAAGCACUUCCUGAGCGGGGCCAAGGCGCCCUUCAGCCUGCAGGAGCUGGAGAGCCAGAUUGAGGAGACGCAGAUGAAGCUCUUCAGGCGGGCCCAGAUGGACAUGGAGAGGAACGCGGGCAUCUUCGCCUUCGCCCUGGGCCACAAUGAAAACCUCGCUGCCCAACCCUUCUUCCCUCUCCCCAGCCCUUGGAGCACAGGCUUCAGUGGCUUGGCGGGGCUUGGCCACGUGGCUCCCAUCUCAGAGGCCAGCAACUAAACCCGCGCCCGGUCCCACCAUGCAUCUGCUCCCAUCCCAGCAAGGCUCCCACCUGCCCUUCUGCAUCAUCAGGCUCCCGAGAAGCUCUUUGUCCUCUCACUGCCAUGGGGCUCGGGGCACGAGGCCGUCCCUGGGGCGAGCAGGGCAUGGGCAGGUGCUGUGCCCCAUGGCCACCGGCACUUUAGACUUUGGGGCCCUCAGGCACUCCCUGUCCCAUCCCUCCACUCAUGGCUCCAUCUGGGAAGGCCAGGCCAGGACUGCUGCUCUCUUGAACACCCCUAAAAAUGUCACUUGCCUUAGUCCAGGGCUCGGCCAUCACCACGAGAUGGCUUUUCUGUGGGAAAUGUUCCCCAUUUUCCCACACAAGGAGCUCGCUGGACACUGACAAGCCGUCCAGACUUGGGUUUGUUUUGUUGCAUUCCUUGGCCCUUUGGGUCAAAAGGACUUUUUUGUUUUCUUUCUGGUUUUGUAUUUUUUUUUUCUUCUUAAUUAAUUCCCAUGUCUGGUGACAAUAUUUGUUCUACAAGGGAUAAAGGGGAGGUCUAGCAGCCUUACUGGGAGAGGGAGAGAGGGAGGAUACUGGCCGCUGCCUUUCUCAGCAGUAUAUCAGAUUUACAGGGCUGGUGAAAGCCCUGACCUGCAGCAUGAGUUGGGACCUUAAAAACAUUAAAAACAUUAAAAAAAAAAAAAGGAGAUUGAACACCUAGCGCAAAGCUAGGUGGAAAAGGGGGAUUUUACUUAUUUUGGUUCUUUAGCUGUUUCAAAGUUUCAAAAGGAGAACCAAAGCCUAUUUUGAGUAUUUUAACUUCAGUUGCUUGAAAAGGUGAAGGAAAAGUUUUAGAAGAAUCAGUAAUAUUUCAAUACUGAGCUUUUAUUAAACCCUUGCUUUGAAAAAAUGAACAAGUGGGAAUUUUGAAAUGAAAAAGUCGUUUCAAACCAAAGAGUCAGAAUUCGCUGCCGCUGACCAUUCAGAAAUGUCUGAAGUUCUGUCCUUAAUUCCCUCAAAUUCUUAUGUGAUAGUGAUGAGAAAAAUUUACAAAACACUCGCGUGUCCCCAAAUCUGCAGUGUUGGUGGGAAAAAUUCGGGUGUGCAAAUAUCCCUGCUGCGUGUCUCGAGGGAUCUUUCUGGAAAAGAUGUUCACUACUGGUGUGUUGAUGGUGAUAGCAUCCUUGACAGCAAGUAGAAAUGCUGUUUCUUCCCUGGAGUUGGUUCAAAAGAGAAGGUGGUGACAUAUGACAGGGUACUCCAAGUUGAAGGUCACCCACAUUGGCCAGCAGGUUUGGGCUGACUCCCCAGCAUCCCUGCAGACCCCAUCUGGUAAUUCUUUCGGGGCACAAAAAGUGGCCACUUGGCUGGAAUCACCCUGUCCACCUCCUUCAGCCCCAAAUCCACGAGCUGCUCUGAAGGAUAAAGGCUUUGGUGGCCAUCUGCCUCUGAUGGCUCCUCCUGGAUGAGCCAUGGGAGGCAGGCGUGGUGGGAUCCCACUUCCACCCCUGGCUGAGGUGGGUUGCAGUGGUUGUUUUACAUGAAACCAACACUUAGAAAUGUAAAUGUUACCAAUUGGGGCUUUUAUUUCUCUUUUUACUAUGACCUUCCAACGUCAGCAAAGUCGAAGGGAAUGCGAGGAGCGCGGGUUCAUGAGGUUUUUGGUUUCUCCAUCAGUGGCGAGGUGGCUGGAUGAGAAUCUGCCCACCAGAGGCAAGGAAGGGGACACAGGGAAGUCAAGGGUUCCACAGCCCUCAGGAGGGUUGAGGGGCUUCUGCUCUGAAACCAACCAUAGCAGAAUGGCCCCAAGGAACUGCCCAACACUUGGCUUCCUCCUCCCAAAAGAAAUCCUUAAAGACUCCAUGUGCAACAAAAGUCAAUGGAGAGAAAAAAAAAAAGAAAGUAAGAAGAAAAAGAAAUCUUCUUAAAACUGCAUCAAACUUUUUCUUUUUAAUCCACAUCAACUUCUUAAACAAGCGACGUUUUGCAGAUGAUUGGUUCCUUCAGGUGUUUUUUUGUCUACGAUUUGGAGUCAUUGUAAAAUAUCCAAAGAUGCCGAGUACUGUAUGAUCUGCAAGGACUUGAAGCAAGGUGUUUUUUUGUCUUGGUUUGUUUGUUAGGUGGUUGGGUUCUUUUUUUUUUUCCUAUAUGUCUAAGUGGGGAUAAACCUUUGCAAUUUUUCUAUUUAUAACUAUUUUUAUGUGAUUGCUUUAUGUACAAAACAAUGGAAAAAAAUCAAAACAAAAAAGUAGAGAGGAACACACACGUACACAAACAAAUUUGCCUUAGUUACUCACGGGACAAUCACCCUUAACUUUGAUUGAUGCUAAAAAGCUGAUGGAAAAAAAAAAGAGACUAGAUCACUUUAUGUAUUUAUUAAACUGUAUUAAUUGAUGCUUUUAAAUUAUUAGCAGGACUUGAUUCUCUUGCCUGUGGCCAUGGUGUGAAGGCAAAGGCGCUGCGGUUGCUGAGCUGCCAGCACAGCCACCCGUGUGGCCUCAGCUCUGUGGAUGUUUGCCUGACACCUUUUGGAAAGCCAGAAUAAUCACUUAUUAAUUAAAGAUUGAGCUGGUAUGGGCUCCAGCCCGAGGGGCUGAUGCUGAUGACAAUUAUGGAGUUAAGGUUGAUUUUCCCGCGUUGGCGCUGGGUUGGGCAGGGCUGGAGGGAGCUGAGCGCUGGCUGUGAUCACUUUUGGGGUGUAGAGGGAUGGUUAGAGAAAACUCUUGUUUCUUCCCGUUUUGGUGUUGUGUGGUGAGUCCAGGUCACAGGUAUCCCCGUGGGAGCCCAGCUGAGUGUGAAGGUGCCUUCCUGGGGAUCUGCUCCCGUUUCCAGGGCAGGUGUGACGAGCACCAAACCUCGGCUGGAGGGACACGAGCUCUGUCCCAGCUCACGGUGUGGUGGCUCCUGGUGCAUCCCACCCUGGCUGCAGCAGGGCAGGGGGAUCCUGCCCCUGUGCCCCUGCAGAGCUGCCCCAGCCCCGGCUCCAGCAGCACAAGGAGCUGGAGCUGCUGCAGCCAGUGCAGAGGAGGCCACGGAGCUGCUGCCAGGGCUGGAGCCCCUCUGCUCUGGAGCCAGCCUGGCACAGCUGGGGCUGCUCAGCUGCACCAGAGAAGCUCCAGGGACACCUCAGAGCCCCUGCCAGGGCCUCCAGGGGCAUUUUAGAAAAGAGAUGGGGCAAACAUUUUAGCAGGGCUUAUUGUCAUAGAACAAGAGGAGAUGUUUUAAACUGAAAGAGAGGAGAUUCAAUCUAGAUAGAAGGAAGAAAUUUUUUACAAUGAGGGUGACAAAACAACUGAAACAAGUUGCCCAAAGAGAUGAUGACUGCCCCUGGAUCCUUGGAAAUGUCCAAAGCCAGGCUGGAUGGGGCUUGAAGCAACCUGGGGUAGUGGAAGGUGUCCCUGCCCAUGGCAGGGGGUGGGACUGGAUGACCCUUAAAGGUCCCUUCCAGCUCAAAUCUUCUGAUGAUUCUAUGAUUAUAUGAACUCAAAUGACACAAAAAUGAGCCCUCUAAUUCAUGUGGCCGCACAAAAAUUGCAGAAUUCCUUUGCUGUUUUUGAAUGAGGUGCAAAAGCCUGGAAGAUAAGCUCCAGCUGGGAACGGUGGGACUCAUCCCACAUUGUUCAGCCAUUUGGAGGUGAAGUAAACAGGUGCCCUGAGCCUCUUGGGACACCUACGUGUUGUCCUGCAACCUGCAGUGUGAUUCCAGCCUGCCUCUGAAGCCUCCCUGGCUCUGGAGGUUCUGGAGGCAGGUUCUGCUGGAGGGUGAUUCACCCUCCCAUGCUGGACCUCCCAGGGCUGGGAUGAAUCACGUUGGGCACCUCUCUGCCACCUCCCAGCUGUGCUUUCCCAGAGCUCUCUGAGAUAAGUUUAACCAGAGCAGGGGUGUUCCCACCAGCACCGCUCCCUCCUCUCUGCUCAGCUCACGGGACAGCCCCUGGAAAAGCCUUUCCCAAGAGGAUGGGAUGCUGGUACAGCCCAGGGACCCAGGUCAGGGUUUCUGAUUUCUUCCCAGACUGUUUUAACUGGGAACACUAUGGGAAAUAAAGGUCUGUGUCAAGCCUCCCAAGCCUGGGGACCAGAGAUUCAUGCUCAUGAAUCACCCUGCUGCAGUCCCAGUAAAACUUCCCAAGUUCUUAUAGCCACAGGUUAUUUUCCUUCCUUUACACUUCAGAGAAGGACUCCACAGCAUCAGGUGCUCAGGCAGGGGCCCAGAUCUGCAGGCAGAGUCCAGAAAUGUGACUUGGGAACAAAGAAAUACCAAUCCCCCUCCCAGGGCAGGUGGUUGAUUGUUGAGCAGCUCCUCUGUGCUUGGAGCCUACAGGACCGUGGCAGGGUCAGCCCAUAAACUCUGUGGUUUUGAGCACAAAAAAAUCCCCAAAUGAAAAUUGUGUGAAUCACUUUUUAGCUAUUUAAAUACACCUGUAACUUCUUUUUUUUUUUCAGCUCUUGUGGCUUUUAACCCCAUUUUAUGCUCACAUUCUGGUUUGCUUAUAAUGCCAGAACAACAACAACAACAACAACAAAAGAAGAAAUAGAUUUGCAAGGGAAGGGUGAAAAAAAAAAUCUAAAAAUCGCUCGGAGGAGCUGUGCAUUAAUCAGACACUUGGGAAUCACAGGAAGAAACCAGCUUCAGUAAAUGCUUGUUAGCAACAACAUAUGGCUGGAUGCUUGCUGCUGAGCAGCUGCUGUUAUCUGCUGGAGCAUCCAGGCUGUGCAGGGGGAACAGCACCAGGGUGAUGCUGCACAGGCAGCGUUUGCCUGGACCAGGUGUUGCUGCCAAAGGAGCAUCUCCUGGCACGAGUGGCAGGGAGCUGGAUGGGCAAACCCUUUCCCUGGGCUUGAAACCCUUUGCUGAGCAUUGCAAGAGCCUCUUCCUGCAGUUGUGCAGAAGGAAAUUACAGAGAGGAAAAAAUAUUUGUGUUUUGAGAAGGGAAGAAAGAGCCUGCAGUUUUGGAAGUGAGAGGCUUUUCCAUUUGGCAGUCACCUGCGGGAAAAAUAUAAAGGGAAUAAUUUUGCAAAGUACAGCCUGAAAUGUUUUAGGCUUGAAUGUGUCAGCAGGACUCCUGGCAGCCCCAGUGAGGCUGCAAAUGCUGCCCGGUCUCUGCUCCACUCGUGCUCUGCCUGCGGCCCCUGGGACCUGCUGUGCCCCCCAUCCUUUUCCAUCCACUUUGGAGGGGAUUAGGGCUUUAUUUACAGUCUCGGUGCCCUGAAGCUGGAAUAUUGUGUGGUUGCAAAAAAAACUUUUUAGGUAAGGGAGUACAUGAAGCAAGACCCCAACCGUGUUGUUUUAAGAAAAUUAUGUGCUUGGCAGCAGGUCACCCGUGGCUGGGUUUUUAAGAUCUACCAUUGCCUGUUGGUACCUCUGACUGUGUGCACCUGUGUUUCUUUCCAAGCCAAAAACAAAAAAGGGAAGAACUGAGAAAAAUCCCUUCUCGUAGAAGAUACCCCCUAUGUAGUCCGAGCCCGAGUGAACUCAUCCCCAUCCCACCUCCCAGCCCCUCCUCUGGGACCUCCAGCAGAGGGAGAGAGAAUACCUGUGGCUUGGAAAUACCUUUUUUCCCCCCGUGUUUUCCUAUGUUGAACCAAUGUUUUACAUGACUUGCACUAUUUGCUGUAGGGCAGGAUACUGUUUAGGUUUCUUUGUUCCGGUCUCUUGUUUGGUUGCGACUCCUCUUGGCGGUCCUGUACACGUACCUGCUGCACAUCUUACACCCCUGGAGAAAAUAAACUGUUACCUGAA